CUGUUUUUUUACUGCAAAUACAUUAAUAUUAUUACAGUAUGUCGAUUAGGAACAGCUUUUUUUUUUUUUCAGAAUAAUAUACGAUGGCGAAGGCUUUCAGAUUUGGUCUAUACGCUUGGUGAUUGGCUUCGAGAAACAGAAAUGCCUAGUCGUUUUAAAAAACAACUUCGUGAAGCAAUUGACAAAGUUAUUUGGGAAGUACAGCGAUGGAAUGAAAAACAUGCGUCAUUAUUCGGCGACGAAAAACCGGGUGGACUUUUUGGUAUCAAAACUCAACGGGCACAUCGAAGUGAACAUCUUCGAAUGUUUUAUCAUUGCCUCGUUUGGAAAGCGCAUAUGUUUGAAAUUGACGACUAUGCGACGGCACAAAAUCUGAUCAAAAAGGAAUGCUACAAUUGGCCCCAAAUGCAAUUUCAGUUUGCCUGUGCAUAUGCAAUGUUGGACCUUCUGAAAGACAAAUACCGUUUUGAUGCUAUUCGUCUUAAAGCUUUUUCCAAGAAACUUUCUGACCAUUGUCUGUAUAGCUUUUGGAUAACUAUCCUCAGCAGUCCAGUUGCUUGGGAAAGAAUGUUCAGUUCGGAUGCUUUAGCACCAAAACAGAUGCUUUCUUUGGUGUUUCAAUUUGCAAUUCUAAACGGAUUUUUUGAACUGAUGAAUUUUAUUUGGGAAAGAGUUACAAACGCUCAACGAGAGUACAUCGGAAUAUUGCAGUGGGGAAAAAUUUGCUUCAGAGCCAAACAUGGAUCUGUGCUGCGUUUCCUCUGUGAUCAGCUGUGCGAAAUCAACUCAAAUACGCUGGUUCGGAUCACUUGGAAUGCCUUUUACGAUGCAUUACAUAAGUCUAUCCAGGUAGAAUCUUUUUUAAUGAAGGGAGCGAACAAUAAACGCAAACGAGACGACAACCUCAGAAAAAUGGAGUUUCUUUUGGAGCACUGUUGUCCACGUCUACGAAAAUCAAUGCUUUCGCUGGAAAACUUCAAAAUUAUAACCGAUGCUUAUGCUUACAACCAAAACGACGCAUUUUCACUGCUAUUAGAUUAUUUGAGCGAAGACCAACUGCAAUUAGCUCGACAGUCUACAAAUCGUAUUUACAGUGAAAAGAAAGAAGAAUUUGCUGUACAUUGGCGUAAAAUGGUCUUUGAACGGCAGCAAACAAUUUAG